GCGCAACCUUUUCCCAUCAGGGGUGAUGAAGCUGAAAACCCGAUCCCAGGUAGGAGGAAGAGGAAGAGGGCUUCAUCCCUCGAUUCUGCUUCAUGAUAACUGAAAGUGAAAGUAAUCCUAGAGUAGUAAGUAAAAGACGACAGUCAGCGCUUCACCUCCAUUUGCAGAGGACGCUGCUCAGGCUAAAUAAAUGAGUUAUGGAGUUAAAGGAAAAACAACAACGAUCCCCACGUCAGGCACAGGUGGACGAAAGAGUAAAGCCUGUCGCCAGACCAAAAGAGAAGAUUCAGCAGCAGCAAUCAGAGGAGGGGGCGGUGGCUGAGGAGUCCGCCUCCAUCCCCACAGAUCUGGAAAGCUGGAUCAGAAAUAAUGCCAAAGACCUGAAGAUCCGGCUGACAGACCGUCGCUGGGCUGCUGAGGUGGUCAACGAUUUUCGUGAGAACCUGCUGAAAUUCCUGAACAAUGAACACCCUUUAUUCAAGUCAGCAGAGUGCCUCAACGCCGGCAGCUACUUUGAGAAAGUUAAGAUCCACAUGCCUGAUGAGUUUGACAUGAUGGUGACAUUUCCAGGCAGCCCAAACCUACGCCUCAACCUGACGAAGCUCGACGGGGGUCUCUUCUACCGGCUCGAUCUCACCCGGCCCACUCGACAACCCAUUAAGGCUUUUCUUCUGGAGAACACCCUCACCCUCUCGUCGAGCAAGGUCCUGAAUGAGAUGCAUCGCCUGGUCCGCAAAUUCCUCAAGACCUACAAAGUGCCCGAUGAAUGCUGUCGCUGGGAGGUGAACAGGAAGCGCGUGCACUCUCCGGCUGUCACUUUGUCUCUCUUCAAAACUGAAAAGAACAGCGAGGAGCUGAUCUCCGUGGACGUGGUUCCUGCGCUCGAGGUUCAAAGUUGGCCGGCUGCGGUUCGUAAUGGCCCGGAUGUAACCAACUGGCUGGGAAAGAAAGCUCUCCAGGAAAUCCGAGGUUUGCCAGUGUAUUUUGUACCGAAGAGGCAGAAAGGACGAAACCUCAGCGAGGACGCAAAAGAGAGCUGGAGGAUCUCUUUCUCUCACAUUGAGAAGAAAAUCAUCACGUCUCAUGGCAACAAGAAAACCUGCUGUGAGAGUAAUCCCACCAAAUGCUGCCGAAAGCAGUGCUUAAUGCUCCUCAAAUCUCUGAUUGAGGGUCUAAAACAACGUUUUCCCGAAAAGCUGGAUGACCUCUGCUCGUACCAUGGGAAGACCACCUUCCUGCACACCCUGUCCACCAGGUACGACGAUGCCAAAUGGGACCCUCGGAACCUUCCUGUCUGCUUCCUGUAUCUUGUCCGGGCACUGGAGGACUAUGCAAGCAGAGGCAACCUCCCUCACUUCUUUGUCCCCGAAUGCAACCUCUUCUCACCAUCCUCCUUCUCCCGUAAAUCUCUGGCUUUCCUCGUCAAUGCCCUGAAGGAGCAGAUGAGGGAGGGCCUGCCCCUUCUGAAGCCUCCAGCUCUGGUGUCACCUCUGAUACCCAGGGAAGAUUUAGAUGAAACCUGCAAUGAGACAUUUGAGGAAAGGUCCUUCGUACUGGUUCACUCUGUGGACGCAGCACUGAUGAAUAAACUGGGUGUCGCAUUUGCUGUCGUGGUGGGUUUUGCCUUCUAUAUCCUGUUCAAUUAAUGAGAAAUGUGAAGUAUGAUGCUGAUUAAGUGAAACCCUGUGACCAAAAACUGAUUUCAGACAUUUGAAUUGAAAUGAAAUGAACGUCAUUGUAGAUAAACAUUUCAUUAUCAAUGAGGAUAUAAAUAAAAUACACCAAACAUGCUUGAUUAGAUAUGUUUUUAACUGCAUAAGGAAAAAAUGUGUCUUUGAUGUUAUGAAGUAGUUAUAAAAAAACAUUUUACAUCCUGAUAUUUUCUUUACUUAAUAUUAGCAUUAAACUUCCAGGUGGACCUAUAGUGCAUGUCGUAGAGCUAUUCCAUGGCAGCCUUUCGAUCCAUGAAAUAGUUCAUUGAUGUCAUUAAAGGUUAGGUUGUGUUCACAUUGUUUACCUUUAUUAUUAUCAUUAUUAUUAUUAUUAUUAUUAUUAUUAUUAUUAUUAUCAUUAUUAUUAUUAUUAUUUCCCGUUCACUCACUUUUUCUAUCUAUGUAGAAUUUUAAAUCUUUUUGGAAUAUUGUGUUUUUGUGAAAAUCGGAUUUAAUGUGACUGCCUUGCAACCUAAAAAAACCAAAAAUAAUUAACUUUUUCUUCUCUCCUCGUAUAAUAUUGAAAAGAUGGCUGGUGGGAAAUAAAUGUAUUUUAUAGAAAGGUAUUUAAAGUGUAAUAA